UUUCAAGUCCCAACAAGCUAUUCCUCUGUUUCUUUCUUCUUAAUUUCCAAUAUUCUCCUCCCUCCCUCGUAUCAAUCUAUAUCAUUAAUAUUGAUCGCCGACCAUGGCCGGAGCAAGCGGGGGGAGGUCACUGGAGGAAACGCCGACGUGGGCAGUCGCCGCCGUUUGCUUCGUGCUGGUCCUCAUCUCCAUCAUCAUAGAGCACAUCAUCCAUCUCAUCGGAAAGUGGUUGAAGAAGAAGCGAAAGCGAGCUGUACACGAAGCACUCGAGAAAGUGAAAUCGGAGCUGAUGCUGCUGGGAUUCAUAUCGCUGCUUCUGACGGUGGGACAAGGCCCGAUUUCACGAAUAUGUAUAUCGAAGAAGCUGGGAGCGACUUGGCACCCAUGUGGCAAGAAUAGGCAGGUCGAUGAUGAGUCAUCAACUGACGGAGACAGCCGCCGGCGGCGGCGGCUCCUGUCAAUGGCCGCCGAUCAUUACUUCAACUCAUCCGGUGGAAAGAUCGUGAGGCGGGUCCUGGCCGGCGGUACCGAAGACAAAUGUGCGGCGAAGGGUCAAGUGCCAUUUGUGUCGUCGGAUGGGAUUCACCAGCUGCACAUUUUCAUAUUCGUGCUCGCCAUUUUCCACGUUCUUUACUGUGUCCUCACUAUGGCCCUCGGCCGAGCUAAGAUGAGGAGCUGGAAGGCCUGGGAGAAGGAAACAAGAACUGCCGAGUAUCAAUACUCCCACGAUCCAGAGAGAUUUCGGUUUGCAAGGGAAACGUCGUUUGGGAGGCGGCAUAUGAGCUUCUGGACCACCACGCCGGUUCUCAUUUGGAUUGUGAGCUUUUUCAGGCAGUUUGUGAGGUCCGUUCCUAAGGUCGACUACAUGACAUUGAGGCAUGGCUUUAUCUUGGCACAUUUGGCACCUCAAAGCCAGACCAGUUUCAACUUCCAAAAGUACAUCAAUCGAUCUUUGGAAGAAGAUUUCAAAGUCGUCGUUGGAAUAAGUCCACCGAUAUGGUUCUUCGCGGUGCUCUUCCUCCUCUUCAACACCCACGGGUGGUAUUCUUACUUGUGGCUGCCCUUCAUCCCUUUGAUCAUUAUCCUGCUGGUGGGGACGAAGCUACAGGUGAUCAUAACCAAGAUGGGCCUGAGGAUCCAAGAACGAGGGGAAGUGGUCAAAGGCGUCCCCGUGGUCCAACCGGGCGAUCACCUAUUCUGGUUCAACCGCCCUCGUCUCCUCCUCUAUCUAAUCAAUUUCGUUCUCUUCCAAAACGCCUUUCAGCUCGCUUUCUUUGCAUGGGCCUGGAAAGAGUACGGGUUGAAAUCCUGCUUCCACGAGCAUUUGGAGGACAUUAUCAUCAGAAUUACCAUGGGGGUGCUCAUACAAAUACUAUGUAGCUACGUCACUCUUCCUCUCUACGCCCUCGUCACUCAGAUGGGGUCGACGAUGAAGCCGACGGUAUUCAACGAGAGCGUGGCGACGGCGCUGCGGAAGUGGCACCACACGGCCAAAAAGAACGUCAAGCAGAGCAAAGCCGGCGGCGCCUCUUCCACCGGUACGCCGGCGUCGAGCCGCCCCACCACGCCGUCCCACCACCACAACCUCUCCCCCAUCCACCUCCUCCGCAACCACCGCGCCUCCGAGUUCUCGGCCGCCGACAGCCUCCAGAGCACUCCCCGGCGGUCCAAUUUCGACUGGUACGGCGAAUCCCCGUCGCCGACCGAGCACCAGCACUACGGCGCCAACGCUAAUUAUUACCUCGAGGAGGGCUCGCCGUCGCAAGAUCGCCGCGAAUUGCAGUUACAGACGCGGAAUCAGAACAACGGCGCCCCUGAAACCCCCGCGCCGUAUUACGUGGAGCAUUUCGACGGCCAGGAAGAAGAUUUAGGAAUAGAAAGACAAGGGGGAGAGGGAUUCCCAGGUCGGAUUCAGGGGGUUGCGGCGGAUCCGCAACCGGAGCGGAUGCAGCACGAGAUCGACAUAGUGGGGAAGGAAUUUUCGUUCGAUCGGAGAACCGGUAUAUGAAUUUGAGAGGAGAAAAGAGAUGGCUAGGGAUUUGGAAGUUCGAUUCAUUAUAAAUUUAUAAUU